CUUACUUGUAGAUCUCAUUAUCAUAACCACUUUCUCUCUCAUUCAUUUUCCAUUCACUUUAAUUUCUCUUCUUCUUAUAGCUUCGCUUCAGUUCGAUAUUUUUUUUUUCUUUGUAUUUCCCCCCAAAAUUGCGUCUACUCAAUUUGAACUCACCUUGACCAAUUUCUAGGGUUACCGGAGCACCACAAAUGAAAGCUACUAUUAAUCAAGCUGAUGAACUCGAUGCUGCUGAGGCUAUGCCACCGCCUAAUUCCAAAAGGGUCAGGGUCAAAAAAGAACUAACUUUUCAAGAUAUGUAUCAAAACCAAGACUUGUUUGAUCAGGAUGAUGAUGAGGACGAUGAUUGGGACCCUUCUCAGAAGCAAGCUGAUGAUGGAGUUGCUCAGACUGCUGUUUCCGAUUCCAUCCAUGAAGUUUCAGAAGCCAAUCCACAGCCUAAUGCUAAAAGGGUUAAGGUGCAAAAGGAACUAACUUUUCAGGACCUGUAUCAAAGCCAAGAGUUGUUUGACGAGGAUGAUGAGGAGGACGAUGAUUGGGACCCAACUCAGUUGCAGAAGUGUCUCGAAGUCAUCAAGUGGUUCUGUAAAAAUUGUACUAUGGAUAACCUAAACAAUGAUGUCUGUUGUCAAAUAUGUGGGGAGCAUAAAGAUUCUAAAAUCCUGAGCCGUGGGCAUUUUGCAUCUCGCUUUGCACAAGAUGAAGAUCCAAAUGAGAUCCAGCCAAGUAUAAAAAGACUGAAAGAUGUUGACUCACUGGAAUCUGCAGCAAACAGUUCUACGGCAAUUGGCUUUGAUGAAAGAAUGUUGUUACAUGCAGAAGUUGAAAUGAAAUCACGUCCACACCCCGAAAGGCCAGAUCGACUUCGAGCAAUUGCUGCUAGUCUUGCCAGAGCUGGUAUAUUUCCAGGAAGAUGCCAUUCAAUUCCUGCUAGAGAAAUCACUCAAGAAGAACUGAUGAUGGUUCAUUCUUCGGAGCAUAUUGAAUCUGUGGAAGUUACAAGCAAGUUAAUGUCUAGUUAUUUUACUUCCGACACAUACGCCAAUGAGCAUUCAGCAUGUGCUGCUAGGUUGGCAGCUGGGUUAUGUGCCGAUCUAGCAUCGGCAGUUGUUUCUGGGCGUGCCAAAAAUGGAUUUGCUUUGGUUAGACCUCCUGGUCAUCAUGCCGGUGUAAAAGAUGUGAUGGGGUUUUGCCUUCACAAUAAUGCCGCAGUGGCAGCAUUGGCAGCUCAGGCUGCAGGGGCUAGGAAGGUGCUAAUUUUAGAUUGGGAUGUUCAUCACGGAAAUGGCACACAGGAAAUAUUUGAGCAAAACAAAUCAGUCUUGUAUAUAUCAUUGCAUAGACAUGAGGAUGGAACAUUUUAUCCCGGUACUGGAGGUGCUCAUGAGGUUGGUUAUAUGGGUGCAGAAGGUUACUGUGUGAAUAUUCCAUGGAGUCGAGGUGGUGUUGGUGAUAAUGAUUACAUUUUUGCAUUUCAGAAUGUUGUACUUCCUAUAGCUUCUGAAUUCGCUCCAGAUUUUACCAUAAUAUCAGCAGGAUUUGAUGCUGCUAGAGGUGAUCCCCUUGGAGGUUGUGAUAUUACUCCCUCUGGCUAUGCACAGAUGACGCACAUGUUGAAUGCCCUUUCUGGUGGAAAAAUGCUUGUUAUUCUUGAGGGGGGCUAUAAUCUUCGUUCCAUAUCAUCUUCUGCAACUUCAGUAAUCAAGGUAUUACUGGGUGAGAGUCCUGUAUGUGAACUGGAAAAUAGUUUCCCUACCAAAUCUGGCCUCCAAACUGUUUUCGAAGUCCUCGACAUUCAAAAUAAUUUUUGGCCUUCCUUGAAACCUAUCUUUAAAAAUGUGAUGUCACUUUGGGAAAUGCAAUGUCUUGGGAAAAAAGAAACUAAAUUAGCUUACCCAAAUUGGCACCGGGAAGAAUCGAACCUGAUACCUUGAGGAGGAGCACACUCCCAGGUCCCAAGCCGUAUUGGCCAACCCAAGCAAACAGACAAAAAAGAGACGCCGAAUUUUGGCACCAAUGUGGUGGAGGUGGAGUCGCAGAAGUUUCUUAUUCCAUAUGCUGAACGGCCAUCGUCGUGUAAAAUCAAAAUGACUUUGCUGAGCUGAAUUUGAAGUACAGGAAUACCUAUUAGUUAUCAGCAUUUUGUAUAUUCCAUCCAUCUUGAUUCCAGACAAAUAUAUUUUUUGGUUGACCUUGUAAGUGCGGAGGUUGGCACAGGAAUUGGGAGUAUUUUAGAAGCUGCUAAGAUAGGAAUAUGAUAAAUUAAUCAUCUUUGUACUUGUUAAUUGAAAAGCAAAUUGACAUUAGAAACACCGCCUUUCAAUUUAAUGCAUGCAAAAUUUUCCAUUCUUGAA